AGCUUAAGCUAUUUGAUGCUUAUCUCUAUGCGGACGAAUAUAAAAAAAUAUGUAUUACGAUUGAUUGUGCUAGUUUUGUACACUAAUAAAGUUCAUGACGUAUAUAUAGGUCGGCGUCAGUUAAAGGGUUAAACAUGAAGCAGUGAACCAUAAAAUAUAUGAAAGAACAGAUGAAGCAUUAUUAUACUUUCGAAAUUUAGAAAAAGAAUUACCAGAAGUACGUGUUUUGCUAAAAAGUGCAAAUAAUGAUCUUAAACGAAUUCAAGAAAAGAAAAAAAUGAAUGAUUAAGUUUGUUUGCUAGAUAUGGUAAAGUUCUUGGCAGUGAAUGGACAAUAUUUAGUACCUGAACGGUUUAUGCUAUUUCAGAUUUUAACAACUUUACCAAUUGGAUCUAACGAAUGUGCAAGAAGUUUCAGUGCAUUACAACGUAUUAAAACUAAAUUACGGAAUAAUCUCUCAUCCACAGCAUUAGAGACGACUGUGCAAUUUAGUAUAUUAAAACCACAUGUUACUGAUGAAGACUUAGAUGAUAUUGUACAGCAUUUUUGUAUGUAUCCAGGACGAGUAAAAGCUCGUAAUAUCAAAAUAUAUAUCCACAAAAAUGAUGACAGUGAUAGUGAAGAAUAG